UCUCCCUCUUGAUCUCAAACAACCAACCAAAUAAAUAAAUAAAAAUUUUAAAAAAUUUUAAUUAUAGGCCUCAGCUGCUGAGGCCAUUGGAGGAUUUAAUCCAGUGCAAGUGUAAAUGAAGAGUGAGGAGUGUCCUGUCUUGGGCUGGUUAAAUACUUGUGCACUGCCUGCUGCGCCAGGCCCUUGCCUGCCUGAGUCUUUUAACCUGGGUGUUAGCAUUUUAAAGGGACCCCUCAGGAGUUCUGGCCAUUGAGUGACUACCUCCUUCCCAGAUGGGAACUGUUGGCCAGACUGUGACUAGUCAACGUUUGUACCACCAAAGUACUCUAUUUUGUGGUUUAAAAAGAAUAAAAUUAACUACAUUAAAAAAAAAAUACUUGUACAUUAGAGCCGAAUUCUUAGUACUGGUAGAAGGUAGGGUAGGCACAGGCAAUACAAGGGACAAUCUUUCUGGAAAGCAGGAUCAAAUAAAUCAAGAGGCAAGGUUAAAAUUCCAAGCCAUGAGCACUGUCCUGAGUAGUCCCGUCUCCCCUCCUUAGCCCCAGGCGCCCUGAGGUGGCCUUGUUCUCCGUUUGUGGACAGGCUCCCCACCUUUGCCAGCGUUCUGGAAUCAGCAGGGACUGAGGCUUAUGGAAGUCAUGCCAGUCAUGCAGGGCGGUGGCCUCCACGGCAUCCAGGGGAGCCGAACUGCAGGAUGGAGCAGGGAGGAAAACUGAGUUGGGAUCCAGGAGUCUCAGACCUCCCUGAGAUACCUGUGUUUCCGUUCCUUCAGCACAAGGCAUUUUUAUUCAGACUAGGUUUAUUUAUUUGCUUUGAGUUUGCCGGGUGAGGGAGGAGAUGUGAAAUGAAAGGGAACUCUAGAUAACUGCCUAGAUUAAUUUCUGUCCCUCUGGACUCGCUUGUUGCCAAGAUUUUAAGGGGCCCCAUAGCUUACCACGGGGGCAUGUUGUGUUGUUUUUGUUUAAAAUAGGUCUUGCGCCCAGGAAUGCAGUCAGACUGUAAUGGUGACUAAGAGCCGGAAAGCGGAGAGGGAGGGGGCCCGAGUGGAAAAUGAGCCUGAGGCAAGAGAAGGUGGGCUGGGAAAAUGGGAGUUCCAGCAGGCCCACAGGCUGGUUAGAGAUUCUAACCCCGCAUUAACAGCCCUGUGAGAGGUUUAUUUACAGGGCACUAAUCAUUUUCGGGGGGAGCACCCCCACUUUAAACCAGCAAGUGUGUUGGAGAAACAGCCAACCGGAGAGCAUUUCAAAGGUGCUGAAGCCAUAGGAUUUCACCACCAGCUAGGGAAACUAACCAUCAAGGAUGAUGAAGUGGACAAAAGGGAUGAAAAAGCUGAGUUGUUAAGCUGCUUUGAACAAAGUGGCACUAUUUCUCAAGUCAGAGCCAAAGGGAGUGGCUUGACAAAGUUGAAAUUUGAUUUGAAGGGCCAGAGCCAAGUGUCGUGAGGAUGGUGUAGGUUGUGGGAGAGGACGCCUGCACCUGCUGUUUGGCAGCAGCUUUUUAAGUUCAACUUUGAAAGUUUGUUGCUAGGGUGAUCAGGCCCUUAGGGCAGUGCUUUGACCCUUAGUAAAGUGUCAGCAAAUGGCAGUUAAGUGAUCAGAGAGAUGAGAGAAGUGUUAUCCUUCACCCAGUUCAGGAAAUACAUUGAUCCUAACCCCCUUGCUUCCUUCCUGCUGUGAUCCAGAAUAUUCAAUUUUUGGUUUCAUCUCUACCUCUUAACUUGGACCUAACUCCAGACGAAAGGAUGGCCAGUGUCCCGGUGAAGGAACGGGUGAAGGUGUCUCAGAACUGGAGGUUGGGGCGCUGCCGAGAGGGGAUUCUGCUGAAGUGGAGAUGCAGUCAGAUGCCCUGGAUGCAGCUAGAAGGUGAUUCUCUGUACAUAUCCCAGGCUAAUUUCAUCCUGGCCUAUCAGUUCCGCCCAGAUGGUGCCAGUUUGAACCGUCGGCCCCUGGGAGUCUUUGCUGGUCAUGAUGAGGACGUUUGCCACUUCGUGCUGGCCAACUCGCAUAUUAUCAGUGCGGGAGGAGAUGGGAAGAUUGGUGUUCAUAAGAUUCAUAGCACCUUCACUGUCAAGUACUCGGCUCAUGAACAGGAGGUGAACUGUGUGGAUUGCAGAGGGGGCAUCAUCGUGAGUGGCUCCAGGGACAGAACGGCCAAGGUAUGGCCUUUGGCCUCGGGUCGGCUGGGGCAGUGCUUACACACCAUCCAGACUGAAGACCGAGUCUGGUCCAUCGCUAUCAGCCCAGUACUAAGCUCUUUUGUGACAGGGACGGCUUGUUGUGGGCACUUCUCACCCCUAAGAAUCUGGGACCUCAACAGUGGGCAGCUAAUGAUGCACCUGGGCAGCGACUUCCCCCCAGGGGCUGGGGUGUUGGAUGUCAUGUAUGAGUCCCCUUCCACGCUCUUGUCCUGUGGCUAUGACACCUACGUUCGCUACUGGGACCUCCGAGCCAGUGUCCGGAAAUGUGUCAUGGAGUGGGAGGAGCCCCACGACAGCACCCUGUACUGCCUGCAGACCGAUGGCAACCACCUGCUGGCUACCGGGUCCUCCUACUACGGGGUCGUGCGGCUGUGGGACCGGCGCCAGAGGGCCUGCCUCCACGCCUUCCCGCUGACCUCGACGCCACUCAGCAGCCCCGUGUACUGCCUGCGCUUCACCACCAAGCACCUCUAUGCGGCGCUGUCCUACAACCUCCACGUCCUGGACUUUCAGAACCCGUGACAGGGCCACCCCGGCCUGUGGGCCAGGGAGGCCAGCUACUCAGGGACCUCUCCGCCUGGAGGGUGCAGGGAUACCUCUGCCCUCCCCCACCCCCCGAUGCCUGUGCUCCUAGACCUGCGACCACAGUGCUUGGGCACCGUCAGGUAAAGGCUGCUGACUCCCGGGAAUUGGGGGUACCCCUCCCAGGAACUAGAUGGAGAGAAAGGAUCUGCUGCUUUGAGAGAACAGCUGAAACUGGCCGGGACUUGCUUCCCUGUUGGCCAGAGCAAGGAUCUGGUCUGGAUAGGCCAGCCCUACCCCUCACCCCUUGUUAGAGCCGUGAUAGCUUCAUGAGGUGAGAGGCUCCAGCCGUCCCUUUCUGCCCCUUCCUUGGAAGGAGGGGUGAGGCUGCCAAUCCUCUGCUCUGGCCCCGCCCUCCUCAGUCAGUCCCCUCCCUUGACCAAGCUCUUGGGGCUCAUUCCUGGGGCACUGUGGACUGGUCUCACUUUGAAACUGAGGAAGGACAAAGGGAACGCAGCAGUUUUGAGUGAGUUCUGAGACAACCCAAUCUCAGGCUGGCUGCUAAGACAUGCUACAAUGUUCAUUUUUGUAAAAAUAAAGCUUGAUUGUUCACA